ACGGGGGGAUUUAGAUAGUGAGGGGUUUGGAUAAUGUACUUACACCGGCAAAGCCAAUGGAGAAAUGUAAGAAAAGAAAAAUAUCUCAAGAAAAUAGAACAUUCAAUGAUGCCUGGGCAGAUUCAUUUGCAUUUACCUCGAGCGAGAGUGGCCUACCAGUAUGCCUAAUUUGUGGAGAAAAACUGGCUAACAAUAAACGGUCAAAUGUCGCAAGACAUUUUAACAAUACACACAGAGCCUUUGCUGAAAAAUAUCCAGAGGGAGAAGAGAGGAAAAAAGCUGUUUCGGAACUGAUGCAGAAGGCUGACCGGACGAAAAAUCAAUUCAAGAAGUGGGUGAAGUCUGCAAAUUCAACUACAUAUGCAAGCUUUGUGGCCGCUCAGGAAAUAGGCAGGCAUGGGAAACCGUUCACAGAUGGAGAAUAUAUGAAAGAAUCAUUCCUUAAAAUUUCAGAACACUUAUUUGCGGACUUUAAAAAUAAAGACGAAAUUGUGCAGAAAAUCAGAGAGAUGCCUCUCUCUGCGAAGACUGUCAAAGACAACCAUAAAAAUGGCAGAAAAUAUCACAAAACAGCAAAUCAAAGACAUCAAUUCAGCAGCAGCGUACUCAAUCGCCUGUGAUGAGUCCAAAGACAAAACGGACAUUGAACAAAUAGCGCUGUUCUUCCGAUAUGUGAAUUCUGCUGGACCACAGGAAGAAAUGGUUGAGCUGAUACCACUAAAAUGCCAGACACGGGGGGAGGACAUCUGUGAGGCUGUGCUUGAUUGUUUACGAGCCAAAGAAAUAAAAACAACCCACCUCGUGUCGGUGGCUACCGAUGGGGCACCGAGUAUGACUGGAGCGCACAGGGGCUUUGUGGCUUUGCUGCAGAAAUCAUUGGAUAGAAAGCUGCUGACUUUUCAUUGCAUCCUGCACCAAGAGGCAUUGUGCGCGCAAAGUUUUCCUCCAGAAUGCACAGAGGUCAUGAAUGUUGUUAUUCAGAUUGUCAAUAAAAUAAUGGCAAAAGGUUUAAAUCACCGCCAGUUCCGUUCAUUACUGGAUGAGGUGGAGAGCGCAUACUCUGAUCUCCUGCUGCAUAACAGAGUCCGGUGGCUGUCCAGAGGAGAGGUGCUGAAACGUUUUGCUGCAUGUCUGGGAGAGGUGAAAACUUUCAUGAGCAGCAAAGGGCUCACCUUUCCUGAGCUGGAACAGCCAGAGUGGCUGGAAAAACUCCACUUCAUGGUGGACAUGACAGCGAAACUAAACACGCUGAACACAACGCUUCAGGGGAGAGGAGGCACAGCGCUGCACAUGCUGGAGGAGGUGUUGGCGUUUGAGCGCAAACUGACAGUUUUAGCCAGAGAUUUACAGAGAGGCACACUGUCUCACUUCCCCUCUUUAAGGGAGUUCAAACAAGCUCACGGAGUGAUCAAUUCAGAGUAUUUGCAGUCUGCAAUCACCACAAUGCAAGCGUCGUUUGGUAAACGAUUCCGUGAGUUCAGAGAGGAAAAAAACACAUUGUCCUUCCCCGUCACUCCCCUGACCAUUGAUCCAUCCCUGCUAAACGUGAAUGCAUUUGCAGGUGUAAGUCAACCUGCUCUGGAGCUGGAGCUGGCUGACAUAGCUGACAAAGACAUUUGGGUGUCCAAAUUCAAACGCUUGACAGAGGACCUUGAAGAUGUUGCCCGUCAGAAGGCCACUCUUGCUCAGAAUCACAAAUGGAGUGAUAUUGAGAACCUCCCGAGACCGGACAAACUCAUAUUUGAAACAUGGAAUGCCAUCCCCGACACCUACACGAACAUGAAGAAAUAUGCCUUUGGAGUCCUGUCGAUCUUCGGAUCCACAUAUGUAUGUGAGCAGCUAUUCUCCACCAUGAACUGCAUUAAAAACAAACACCGCUUACGGCUCACAGAUGACAGCUUACAGUCCUGCGUAAAGAUGAAAGUGACUUCGUACAGCCCCGAUUUGCAGAAGCUGUGCGCAGAGGUUCAGGAGCAGAAGUCCCAUUAACCAGGUCAAGGCUCCGCUGCAUACUUUGAAAGCCCAAGGCGAUAUAAGGAUGACGGCUCACGGAUUUUUCCCUUUUGUUUGCUGCAUGCACAAUUUAAAUUCAGCUUUUUAAUUUAUUCGAAAGAGACAUUCAGACAUUAUUAUUUUUUCAAGAAUUCAAAAUGUGUUCAUUACAUCGGUAAAAUUUAAUUUUCUCCGUAGCACUUCAUAAGACAUAACCACACUAUAGUUGUUUAUACAAAGUGUAAAGGUAAGAAAAAGCAAUAUAUACAGUGUUAUCUUCAUUUUAGAUAAGAUAAAUGGAUAUAAGGAUGACGCCUCAUGGCAUUUUUCUGCUUUCGUUUGCUACAUGGACAAUUUAAAUUCAGCUUUUUAAUUUAUUUGAAAGAGACAUUCAUUGUUAUUAUUUUUCAAGAAUUCAAAAUGUUCAAAAUGUGUUCAUUAAAUGAAUAAAAUGUAAUUUUCUCUGUAGCACGUGGAUUUCAUAAGAAACAUGCUGCGGUAAAGUAGUAGAAGUUUUUUUGUUUCAUUUUAGAUAUGCGGCUCCCAGUGUUUUCUUUUCCGUGGAAACCGGGUUCAAAUGGCUCUUUCGGUGUCAAAGGUUGCCGACCGCUGACCUGGACUGUUCACUGCCCCUGGCCAACAAUGUGAGCAGUCCACGAUUGCUGACAACCACGGCAGUUGCUGCAAUCGUUGUCACUAUCACCACACUCUUCAUUGUCACAGUUGUCCUUGCCGUAUUCCUCUACCGCAAACGAAAAGAACAAUCCCAGGACAUUGAAUUAGAAAAAUAGUUCUAUGUUUUUCAUUUGUUAAUGUUCGAUAAGUGAUUAUCACAAUUGUUGACAUUGUUUGUUAUGUUAAAUCUUUUACCGCUAUGGCAUUUUGAUUAAAAUCUCACU